UGCGGAUGAGUGAUCAUGACUUGUUCUAAGCCGACAAUUAACGCGAGCUAACCCUCCCCAGGGUAAAUCUUGAGGGACAUGCCGAUCAACGGUGAUGAUUAGGUUUUGGGAACCAACGACAGAAAUGAACACCAGUGUAGAACACCAAAGUAGAACACCGUUGUCCCAGAGAUCAGCUGAACAGAAGCUAUUCCUGUGACACAUGGGAAACUUGAGUCUGUAGAGUUCCUGCUGUAAGGAUGCAUCAAGAAGUGUGAUAGCCUGGAGAGAAGCAUUUUGUGUCUCAGCAGUCAAUAUCCUUGAUUUAAACUUGACUCAUACAGCCUGACAUUUCUACACAAUGGCGACCAGCCCGAUGAGCCCAACUGCUCCAGGGACUGUGGGAUGGCCUUUGGUUGGAGAUAAAUCAUAUGAAUUCUACAAAAACCCAAGAGAUUUUCUAAACAAGUACAUGACACAAAACAAAUCCAGGGUGUUUUCUGUCCGCUUCCUGAACAAGCCCACAGUGUUUGUGUGUUCCAACAGCGGAGUGGAGAAAGUGCUGGCAGAUGGCGGGGAGCACCUGGAGCUCGGCUACAAGGCAUUCAUGGGACAGAUAUUUGGAGACAAUAUUUUGUUUACCAAUGGUGAGGAGGCGCAGGUGUUAAGACAAUCGCUGAGUCAACUUUUUACAGAGGACAGUGUCCGCACCUACCACCAGACCAUCGACAGGGUUCUCAACAAGAAACUUGCCAGUAUGGACAUCAGCCAACCCAAGUGCCUGUAUGCAUUCUUCAAACAGCUGGUCACCGAGAUUUGCCUCAGCCUCUUUCUGGGAUUGGACUUCCAGGAUGCACAGGAAGUCAGCGACACCAUCAUCUCCAUGACAACCACUCACUGGCAUGGAAUUAUCUCCGUCCCCCUACCCCUGAAGAUCCCUGGAAGGGGCGGGGCAUCCUCCUACAGUAAGGCUCUGGAUGCCAAGAAAAAACUGCUAGAAAUCAUCAAGGAAAGGCGAGUGAAGACAGACAAAAGCUUCCCUCAACACAUAUCCACCAUCGCCCAUGACCCAGCGGUGCAAAAUGACACUUUUGUCAACAACCAUCUGCUGCUCUUCACGUCUGCUCUUGUCCCGAAGGCGCUGGCUUCCAUCUUGACCUCCUUCGCUGUUGAGGUCGGGCAGAAGGACAAGCUAUCCUGGCAGACGGAGUGCCUGUCCAAUCCUGACUUCAUGGACGCCAUAUUUCUGGAGGUUCAGCGUCUCUACCCAGCCUUUCUCGGCGGACGUCGUAUUGUCACACAAGACUACGAGAUCGACGGGUACCUGGUUCCUAAGGAUCAUGCAGUGGUCUUCAUGACGUUUGCCGCUCACCGAGACCCGGCGGUUUUUGAAGCCCCGGAGGAGUUCCGUCCCGAGCGCUGGACAAACUGUUCUGCUGACAUGAAGAGCAAGCUGUUCUGCUUCGGGGCAGGUCCCCGGGGAUGUCUGGGUCAGAGACUGGUCUGGGACAUCAUCAAGUCCACGGUGAACAAGGUGAUGGGAGCCUACCAGUGGCGUCUCCAUGACAACCAGGAACUCUCACAGAAAUGGCUGCCUGUUUCACGCCCCAAGGGAGAAAUUCUUGCCACAUUCACUAAGCGGGACCAAUGACCUUCACCUUCACCUAGAUCUUUGAGUGCUAUUUUCUUCAAGACGUUUAGUUUUAUGCCACAUUUUAUUGGCUGUUGGUCUCUCAAGGUGUUUAUUGUGAUCUCAAAGGUCACCGCCAUUGUUAUCUCAUUCCACUUUUUAUAGCUGUGUCUGAAGUCAGUUUCAAUAUGUUCUUUCCUAGUAUGGUAGUUUGAAAUGCCAUUUAUGAAGUCACAGUAACCAACAGCAGAUGUAUGCAUUAACUGUGGACUCGUGAACAAGGUCCACACCAAGAUCUGAUUCAACAUCUGAGACCUGGCUCCCAAUCUGAGACCUGGCUCCACACCCAGAUCUGAUUCCAUGUCUGAGACCUGGCUCCACAUCUGAGACCUGGCUCCACAUCUGAGAUCUGGUUCAGUAUCUGACACCUGGCUCCAAAUCUGAACCUGGCCCAUCAUCCAGAUCUGAUUCAACAUCUGAGAUCUGGCUUCCACACCUGAGAUCUGGUUCCGUAUCUGAGACCUGGCUCCACAUCUGAGACCUGGCUCCACACCCAGAUCUGAUUCCACAUCUGAGACCUGGCUCCACACCCAGAUCUGAUUCCACAUCUGAGACCUGGCCUCCACACCAAGAUCUGAUUCCACAUCUGAGACCUGG